GAAAAUAAAUUAUUAUCGUUUAUGUGCGUUGAAAAUUUGAAAAAUAAUAUAAAAAAAAAAAACAUGACUACUAAAUAAUUCUCUAAAUUGUAUAAAGUACUUUGAGAGUUGUAUAUUUUUUUUUGUGUAUAAAUCUCCGUGCCCCAAUAUUUUAAUACGCGUAAAGAGAAGUGAGUACAGUAUAUAUACAAAACGAACAGUAGAGUAUACUUGUCAAACGUAAAUAAAUAUAUAAUAAAUGGUCCAAUCCAAGUGAAUAAGUCUUUAAAUCUUAAACUAAUGUUUGGAAUUUGUCAAAAUCUUCUGUGGCAUAGUAUUUUCAAUCAAAGUUUAUUUUUGAGAAAAAACAUGGCCCAGGCAAAAGUAACAGUACCAACAAAAUCGUCAGACGUCAAAGAAAAUGAAAAAGAUGUUGAAGAGAAAGAAGGCUCAUCGACUGUACCUGAAUGCGCAGUAUGUUUACAACCAUGCAUACAUCCGGCACGAUUGCCUUGUAGCCAUAUAUUUUGCUACUUAUGCGUAAAAGGAGUAGCUAAUCAAAGCAAACGAUGUCCAAUGUGUCGACAAGAAAUUCCUGCUGAUUUUUUAGAAAGGCCACAACUUGUUGAAGUCGAUGAACCACAAAAGGAAACAACUGAAAUCGAGGAUGAGUACCACUGGUUUUACGAAGGUCGCAAUGGCUGGUGGCAAUAUGACAUGAGAACGAGUUUGGAACUUGAAACUGCAUACAAACAAGGUAAAAGGACUUGUGAGCUCCUUAUUGCAGGAUUUUUGUAUGUUGCCAAUUUUGGAUCAAUGCUUCAAUUGCGACGCAAUGACCCAUCAAGGCGUAGAAGAAUUAAACGCGAUCUUCAUAAUGUACCAAAAAAAGGCGUAGCGGGACUACGACUUAAUACACAAGAGGAAGAUCAAAUUGUUAGGGAAAUAAGAGGAGCCGAAAGACCCGUUAGUCCAGCCAGUGACAAUAUAGGAAUUGCAGAUGGAACAAAUACGCCAAUUCCACCGAGUAAUACACCACAAACUCCAGCUGGUGGUUCAGCAUCAGGUGAUGCAACACCAUUAACUGAUCGUUCUGAUCAAAGAUCUGAAUCUUUACAUCAAAUAUUGGAACAAAUGAGAUCAUUAGUAUUAAGAGAAAUGUCGCUCAAUAGUGAUAAUGAAAUUAAUGAUUCAAUAGAAAAUAAUUCACAUUCUAAUCAACGUUCUGUUGAUUGGUUACAGUCAGACGAAGAUGAAGAUCGUGAAUAAUUUAUAUUAUCUAUAUACAUAUACAUAUACAUAAACGUACAAAAAUAUUAUAUAUUGAAAAAUAUGCAAGUUCUCGUUGAACAUUCAUAGUACUUAAGAUUUAAAAUUAUAUAUUAAUUAUUAAGAGAGUAUUGAAAUAUUCUCGUGUGAAACAAAUUAUAUCUAUAUAGAAUAUUUUAUAUUUGCUUCAAGCUCGCAUUGUGCAAUUAAUGUUGAAAACGAAACACAAAAAAAAAAAAGAAAAAUAAUUCUCUAUUGAAUUAUUGUACAUAGAUACGUUUUUUAUCAGAAAAAAAAUUUAGUAUUAGUAGAAAAAUCAUUUAAUGAUAAAUAUAUAUAUAUAUAGAUAUUCAACGGAAAUGAGAAAAUAAUCGAAAUAUUUUUAUUUUUUCUUUAGUUUUUUUUUUAUUCAACAAAAAUGAGAAAAAAAUCGAAAUAUUUUUACUUAUUAUUAUUUUUUUUCUCAUUAAAAAUUCUUUUUUUGCUUGGUUAAUGGCAAAAUUUAAUAAUAAAAAUUUAAUUUUGUAAACCGCAUAAGUAUUUCUUUGCAUUUAAAUAAUUGUCUUUUUUUUUAAUUUUGUUAAUUUUUGUAUUAUUGCAAUUAUUUCUUAUAUUUUAGAAACUGUACUUGAAACUUAUUUUUGAAUACAUUUUACAAAAUCAAAAUAAGAUAAUAAUUAUCGUUGGGAACGAUAAUUAAUGAAUUGCUUUUAUGUAAUGUUAAAAAUGGAUAAUCAAGUUUUUGCAUCAUAUUAUACUUUUCUUUUUAAACAAGAAAUGCAAUAAAUCGAUAUUUAUAUUUAA